GUUCAGAGGCGGAAGUGGGGUACCGGAAGCGACAGUUGCCAUGGAGCCUGCGGAGGACUGGCUGGUGGAAUCCUUGCGCUUGUACCAGGAUUUCCAUGCAUUCGACCUCUCGGGAGCCACUCGAGUCCUUGAAUGGAUUGGUGACAAAGGAAUCUUGGUUGCUGGCUAUGAAAGCCUGAAAAAAAAUGAGAUUCUUCAUCUGAUAUUACCUCUCAGACUUUCUGUAAAAGAAAACCAGGGCUUAUUCCCUGAAAGAGAUUUCAAAGUACGCCAUGGAGGAUUUUCAGACAGGUCUGUCUUUGAUCUGAAGUAUGUGCCAGACACCAGGUUGCUGGUGACCAGUGGCCUUCCCGGUUGUUACCUGCAGGUGUGGCAGGUUGCGGAGGACAGCGAUGUCAUUAAGGCUGUCAGCACCAUUGAUGUGUGCGAGAAGGAGGGGCGCCUCUGGCCCAGGGUGGCCAUCUUCUCUUCUGCGGCGCCCAGGGUCCUCCACGGGGCCAGGCUCAGCAGUCUGAAGGUGGUGGAUCUGGAAUCACAGAAGACCACAUACAGCUCAGGUAUCAGUGACGGCGAGUUGCUGAGUAGCCUGCAGGUCCUGGACGCAGACACCUUUGCCUUCUGCUGCACCUCGGGCCGCCUGGGGCUUGUAGACACCCGCCAGAAGUGGACCCCGUCAGAGAACCUCAGGCCCGGCUCUGGGUCCGCUGGAGGGAGGUGGUGUGCAGAAGCUGGGGGCCGGGGCCCUGGGCCCAGCAUUGCCAGCCUUGGCUCGGACGGGCAGCUCUGUCUUCUUGACCCCCGGGAUCUCUGCCAGCCGGUGAGCUUGGUCCAGUGCCCAGUGUCCACGCCUAGCCCUGACCCAGAGCUGCUGCGAGUGACUUGGGCUCCAGGCCUGGACAACUGCUUGGCCAUCUCAGGUUUUGAUGGGACGGUCCAGGUCUAUGAUGUCACAUCUUGGGGUGGAAUGGGGUGCCAAGUAGAACCUCUCUUCACUCACAAAGGUCACAUCUUCCUAGACGGCAAUGGGAUGGACACUGCUCCACAGGUCACCACCCACACCUGGCACCCCUGCAAACCGAGGACUUUGUUGUCUGCAGCAAGUGAUGCCUCUCUGCACGUAUGGGACUGGGUGGACCUCCAUGCUGCCCGCUGACUCCAGCAUCUUUCCGCCCAGGCCCUAGGAAGCUGCUGUGUAGCAAGGAUAUUGAUUCUGGAUUCAAGUGACCACAGAGCCCUGUUACCAGCUGGGUGGCCGUGGGCAAGUUAACCAGCCUCUAGUCCCAGUUUCUUUAUUUGUAGAAUGAGACUGGUAAUAACUACCUGGCAGGACUGUUGGGAAAGUUAGAAGUAAAAUAUUUUAAAAUAACUGGUAAGCAGACUUCCCUGGUGGCACAGUGGUUAAGACUCCAUGCUCCCAAUGCAGGGGGCCCGGGUUCGAUCCCUGGUCAGGGAACUAGAUCCCACAUGCAUGCUGCAACUAAGAGUUCGUGUGCCACAACUAAGGAGCCCACCUGCCACAACUAAGACCCAGCACAACCAAAUAAAAAAUAAAAAAUAAUAAUAACUGGUAGGAUGCAUGGCACAAUAAAUAUUUGGUAGCUACUCUUAGAUCUGGGAGCCCCAUUUCCCCCAAGUGUAAAAUGGCAGCGUUUUACCCCUGUCUGCAUUCACAAUAUCAUGGAAUCUGAAGAGCCAACGAAUGUAAACCGGUUUUGUGAACUUUUUUAAAGAAGUGAAAAUGUAUAGUGACAGAUAACCAUGAAAAAGUCAACCCCAGUAGCAAUGAAGGAAAUAGCAAUUAAAAUAAGAUUAUGCCAUUUUUAUCUACUAAGUUGCCAAAUUUUACAGGAGGUUACAUGGUACACAAUUCAGAAGGUACUGAGGAGCAGCUUGGUUCUUUAUCCCAGUUGUAUGAUGUACCAUUGUUCAGUUGAACUAUAAUUUAUAUAUCCAGGCUUCUGUUAUGUGGCAAUUAAAAUUUUCUAAUCCUUUGAAAUUGCAAGUAGUGUGUACAACUUUUGUAUCCAUAAACAGUAUGUCUGUAGAAUACAUUUCUAAGAAUAAAACUGCUAAGGCAGAGGAUGUGAGCAUUUUUCAAUUUUAUAAAUACCGUCAAAGUGCCCUCCAUAGAGAUUGUGCCACUUUAUGACUGCAACGAUGAUGAUCGGUCUGAUCCUCUUACCUCACCACCACUCUCCUUAGUGGCUUUUUGACUUUGCCAGUCUGAUAAAUGAAAAAUCAUUAUUUGUACUUUUAGUCUGCAUUAUUAUUUAGUCUGCAUUAUUUAGUCUACAUUAUUUGUACUUUUUCUCUUAUGUGUGAAGUUGAGACUCUUCACAUAUUUAAAAGUUUGGGGGCAGCUGUUUUUAAAGGUGGUAACAGCUAGGGUGGGGAGCUAGGCAUUCUCAUCAGUACCACCUGCAGCUGGCGUUCAGGCAGAGACUGGCCACCCUCCUCUCAGGCGGUUCUCACUGGAACACGGCCUUCACCAGGGUGAUGCUUUCCAACCCCUGCCCCCCUGGGGAGUAGGCCCAAAGGACAUUUCUUUUUGGUGGCCUGUAGCAAAUAUGAAAGUGUACCUGCAUGUGAUUCCUCACUGUCACAUUUGUUAAAGGAUUUUCAGCAAUUUUCUUGUUGAAAUUAUUUGAUUACUAGUCACAGUUUGGGCUCUGGU